GCCGAGGAGGAGGAGGAGAAGGAGAAAGUAGGGGAGGAGGAGGAGGAAUUAUUGGAGGAGGGGGAAGUAGGAGGGGAGGAGGAGGUGGAGGAGGAGGAUAGGAGGAAGUAGGGAAGGAGGAGGAGGAGGAGGAGGAGGAGGAAGGGGAGGAGGAGGAGGCGUUUGCGGUUGUUGUAGCUAUGGCAGUGAUGGCAUCGCCGUGGAUAUGCAGCAGCCGUGUCAGGUCUCAUGGUUCCGACCUGGUUCUUCGCUCGUCAAAGGGGGAUCUUCCUCGAUUGAUUGCUAAUCAAGAUGGAUUUCCAUUGAUUCUGACGAAGGAGAGAGAUCGAGUUAUGGCGAGUCGUUAUGAGAAAGGGAAGGAUGAGGACGGAUCUGCAAUCUGUGCAAUUGAGCGACGGAAGUGUUGGGGGGGAGGAGGAGGAGCAGCAGUAGCAGGAGCAGAUGGAGGAGGAAGAGGAUGGGGAGGUGGAGUCGUUGGUGCUGGGGUAUAUCUGCUGCAACGGCAGUCACGUGAGCGAUCGGUAUCCCGACUCAAGUCGAGUUGCGGCAAUCGGGACGGACUCACGAUACUCUCAUCCUUGAGUCGGAGGGAAAGACUUAGUUCGCUGAGAGAAGCGGGAGGAGGAGGAACAGAUGCUAGCGAAGGAGGAGGAAGAGGAGGAGGAGGAGGAGCAGGUGGUGGUUUCAGUGAUGGCGGACUGUUGGCUGAUGUAAUGGAGUUUGGAGGAGGAUGGAGAGGAGGAGGAGGAGAGGGAGAGCGAGCAAGGGUGGUGAUGCGGGGCAGGGCGGAGUCCGGAUCGCCGGGAUGUCCCACCGAGCAGAGGGAAAAUGGUAGCAACCUGACGCCGACGACAGUGACGAGAGAGAGGGAGAGGGAGAGGGAGAGGGAGGCGGAGCCGACGUUCUCCUGCGCUGGAAGAAAGGGUGUGGAGAAGGACGAAGGUGCAGGCGAAGGAGAGCAGCAGCACCAAUCAGCUGCCUCGGCCACGUGGAUCUCCGAUCAAUCAGAUGUGACAGGCUUGAGAGGGAAGGAGAAGCCCAUGGCCGCCGUCGUCGCCGACAUCGGCGUGCGUUGCGAUCCCGAUGACCGGACGAGAUACACCCUUUCCUCGUCCUCCUCCUUCUCCUCCUCUUCUUCCUCCUCUUCCUCCGCUUCCUCCUCCUCCUCCUCUUCUUCCUCCUCUUCCUCCUCUUCCUCGUCUUCAGCAUUGUGUUCUAAAAAUAGCAUCAGCUCCAUCGACUCCAGUCAGCAAGGGAAGCAGCAACCAGGAGGAGGAGUUGAAGAAGCCUUGGCUGCGGGAGAUCGAAUCUCAGACAUUCCCAUCGAUAUUAUAUUCACAUCUGAUCUCAUAAGGGCACAAAUGACCGCCAUGCUGGCAAUGACACGUCACCGAUCUACGAAAACUCCUAUCGUUAUGCCACUCUCGUCAUUGCAAAGCAGCGCGCCGACGAAGAUGCCUACGACCGGUAGCAAUGACGCCGACCGUCACGCCGUCUCCGACCGCGGCACCGACCAGGUCGUGCACGACCGUCAUCGGCAGCGGUCUACUCCUUCGAGGUGGGUAUCCCCGGCGGCCUCAGCCGACGACGUUGACGACAACAAAAUUGGCAGUGGCGCUCGCCAAGUGCAAAAGCUCAAUGACAAGGCGAGCAUCACGGCUGAAUUUGAUGCUGAUGUCAACAUAAAAGACCGUCAUGCUGACGAUGCUGAACACGCUGGUCAUCAGGGUGGAAGAGGCGGUAGUCAAGGAGGAAGAGGAGGAGGAGGGACUACUAGCAGCAGCAGCAGCAGCAGAGGCAGCAUCGGCAACCCGUCUGCUGCCGCCGAUCAUAUGGUGACCGUAGAUGGAGUUGAUGGGGGGGGGCAUCAAGGGAUCGUCGACGGGAUGGAGGAGGGGGAGGAGAUGAUGGGGAUGAGCGGCGGCGGGGUCUGCGGAUCGCGGGCGCAAUGGGGGAAGAUUAGCGGCAAGCAAGCGGUCGAGAGUUCGAUUCCCGUGGUCAAAGCUUGGCAGCUGAACGAAAGGAUGUACGGCGAUCUUCAAGGGCUUAACAAGACGAUGACGGCGGAGAAGUACGGGGAGGAGAAGGUCCGGCUAUGGCGGCGGAGCUACGACGUUCCCCCUCCGGCGGGCGAGAGUCUGGAAAUGACCGCGAGUCGCGCCGUGGCCUUCUACAGGCGACACGUGGAGCCGCAGCUGCGCGCCGGAAAGAACGUCCUGAUCGCUGCUCAUGGCAAUUCCCUCAGAGCUAUCAUCAUGUACCUGGAGGGACUUAGCCGCGAGGAGGUUGUGCAGCUUGAGCUAUACACAGGAGUGCCAAUGCUGUACUUGUACGAAACACAGCCGCAACAAGAAAGCGGAGGAACUAGCGGAGUUGAUGUGGAAGGGGAAAGAGGAGGAGGGGGAGGAGCAGGGAAAGGAAAUGGUUGGGGUGUGUUUAGAGAACUAAAGGAGGAAGAAGACUUACAGGGGACGGAGAAGAAGAGGGAGCUGCGACGAGAAAGCUGCCUAAGCGGAGGAACGCGAGGAAGGUAUUCUGAAGUGGAGAAUGGAAGAGGAGGAGGAGGAGGAGAAGGGGAUGGAAAUGGUGAAGGAGUGGUGGGAAAAGAAAGGAAGGAACAGGUCUUAGCGGGGACGCCGGAGAAGGAGGUGAUGGUCAUUAGGAGAGGGAGUCCGCUUCCGGGAAGGUAUUCUGAAGUGAAGAUUGGAGGAGGAGGAGGAGGAGGAGGAGGAGGAGGAGGAGGGGAUGUAAAUGGUGAAGGAGUGGUGGGAAUAGGAAGGAAGGAACAGGUCUUUGCAGGGAAGGAGGAGAAGGAGGUAGUGGUCAUUAGGAGAGGGAGUCCGCUUCCCCACCAUGUCUAUGGUGUCUACGCUCUGUCUGCAGAUUUGGCUAAGUAUAAGGACAGGCAUGGCAACUAGUAGGGAGAGAGAGAGACCUCCUGCCCGCAAAGUCGCUCGCAGAGUUGAAGUAACAUCAUCAUGAUGGAAGUUGAUGGAAAGUCAUGCGCUUGAUUGAAUGGUGGCAAUGAUAGCCAUUCGAAUUUUGAAUGGCUGUCAAAUUUUUGAAUACGGCAAGUGGGCGGCGGACCACAACGCGGGCCAGCUCAAAAAGAAGAAGGGCCGCUGGCAGCGGGAAAAGGGCAUCGCCACAUCACUCUCACGAAAUGUGCAAAAUGAGAAUGAACUUUCCGCUAGAAC